GGAAUGGAGUGGAAUAUUCUGGAACAGAGAAACCCUCCUCCAUCUCCAUCUCCAUGGCCUGCCGCCGCCCCACCCCGCCGUCGCCGUCGCCGGCGCCGGCGCCGGUGCCUCCGCUCGAGGACGACGACCUCCUCGAGGAGAUCCUCCUCCGCCUCCCCCCGCAGCCAUCCUCCCUCCUCCGCGCCUCCCUCGUCAGCAAGCGCUGGCGCGGCCUCGUCAAGCGCCGCCGCUUCCUCCGCCUCUUCCGCGCCCGCCACGGGAGCCUCCCCCUCCUCGUCGUCUUCCCCGGUGAGGUCGACAUGAGCCACCCCUUAUUCACGCCCUCCCUCGACCCGCCCGACAGGGUACCCGCCGCGCGCUUCCCCAUGCCGCUCGCCCCCCUCGCCUUCCCCCUCGUCCUCGACUGCCGCCACGGCCACGCCCUCCUCCUCAACCGGCGGGUCAGAUAGCUCCUGGCGUGGGAUCCGGUGACCGGAGACAAGCGCCCUGUGGACCUCCCCCCGGCCUUCAAGGGGCGGCAGGUGAUGCUCCACAAUGGGUCAGUGCUCUGCGCCAGCGCCGCCGCCGCGGAAGGCCGCCUGCACGGCAGCUUCAAUUCCAGCCCAUUCAAGGUGGUGCUGCUGGCCUCUGGCAGAACACAUGAGCGAUCCUUCUCGGUCUGCGUCUACUCAUCGCAGACAGGCGCAUGGGGCGAUGUGAUUUCAGCAGAGUUUCAACCUGCCGCAAUGGAGCCUCUGUAUACUGCAUCCGAGCUGUACAUGUACGUCCCCAGUACCUUGGUUGGGAGCUCCAUCUACUGGCUGCUUCGUGGCAAUGGCGACACCAUCGUCGAGUUCGAUAUGGGUAGCCGGAGCCUGGCUAUGAUAGAGAUGCCACUAGAUCUGUAUGACCAUGAUAAAUCCAGCUCCUUCAUGACUAUGCCAGCGCAGGAUGGUGGGCUUGGCUUGAUCCUUGUGAAUGACUUCUAUGCCAAAUUAUGGAAGAGGGGGGCUGAUUGCAAUGGUGUCGCUAUAUGGGUGCCGGGGAUAACUAUUCAACUGGGCAAGCUUCUUUCACUGAAUGCUGAGCACAACAGAGGUCCACUGUCUUUGCUGGGAUUUUCCGAGGACAGCAAUGCGUUCGUGGCUGGGGCAUCUAGGAUCGGUAUCUUCGUGGUCUAUCUCAACCCUCUGAGGUUUAAGAAGAUUCAUGAAAGGAGGGAUCUCUGUAUCUUUCAUCCAUUUGAGAGUUUCUGUGUUGCAGGUAUCUAGAGUUAUGUUCCGGUAGCUGAGAUGUAGCGAUGUCGUCUUACUAUUGCAGGUUCUUCCAUCUUCCAUGCUGUGGGCUGUGGUCCGUGUAGAAACUAGUCGGAAUGAAUUUGUAUCCGCUUCUGAUAACUGCUGCUGCCGUUAUUUCAGCAAUCUGUGUGGAACUAGUCAAAUCGACAUCGCUUGCAUUUGUGCUGUGUACUCCCUCCGUUUUUAAAUAUAAGUCUUUAUAGAGAUUCCACUAUGAACUACAUACGGAGCAAAAUGAGUGAAUCUACACUUUAAAAUGCAUCUAUAUACAUCCGUAUGUGGUCCAUAGUGAAAUGUCUAUAAAGACUUAUAUUUAGGAACGGAGGGAGUAGUAUCUACUGUUGACUCUCAUAUUUGAUUCGAACUAAUGUUCUUGUGGGCACAUCUUGUUAUCAGGUAGUGUAUUCGGGACGUCGUCAUUUCCUUGCCCUUUCACUCUUCUUUCUAAUUGCCUCCCCUGCGACCCCGGCCUUCUUCCGCCACUUCCCUUGCAUGGCACUAUAAUUAGCCAAUUUUUUGUGAUAUUGUGAUGUUUACAAGAAUGUUUUGUAAGAUCUCUUAUUUUGGUAAUAUUAUUUGCUUGGC